AUGGAGCGACCAGUGCCCGGCCAGCGCGAGGUUGGCAACUCUCAAUUUGGCAACAAUACUACUAUUCACCAAGACAACAAUACUUUUAGCUUCCAUCUACCACUACGACCAGCUCGACCUGCCAUCCGCAUUAUUCCUUAUCCACUCAAUGAGGAUCUUGUCGAUCGCCCAGAUAUUAUGGGAAAGGUCGAUGCGCUUCUACCGCAGGCGCCACACACAUACUGCAGUGCUGCUCUCUGGGGUCUAGGCGGAUCAGGAAAAACGCAAAUUGCACUCAACUAUGCGUAUCAACGAUGCAACAAAAGGGACUGUUCCGUCUUUUGGGUGCAUGCCGACAGCGAGGCAACAUUUUCGCAGGAUUACAAAACAAUAGCGCAGGCAUUCGGCAUAGACCAGCAACUCAAAGGCGAAGAGCUAUAUGCAGCUGUGUGCGAUCAAAUAGCGGCACAACCAGAUUGGGUUCUUAUUCUCGAUAAUACUGACGACUUACGGCAAUUUGGUGUUGAGCAGGCGCCACAGCAGACAAACAGCUUAUAUCGAUACAUCCCUAAGGCGUCCACCGGGACAGUAUUGUGGACUUCUCGCGAUGCUCAUAUUGUAGGGACGCUCGUAGGUUCAACGCGAGGCAUCGAGGUCGCCCGCAUGAAUUAUGAUGAGGCGGAAAUUCUCUUGAAAUUAGCAGGGAGCUUGGAGGUGGGAAGAGAAAAAAUGGAAAUCAUUACCUUGUUAGAAGAACUCCAAUGGCUUCCCUUGGCCAUUAUGCAAGCCGGGUCCUAUAUGAGACGGACAUCAACAUCGGCCAAGGAGUAUUCAUCUCUACUAGCGCAAAACAAGAAAAGAUGGCAGCUUCUCAAAGAAGAGGAAUUUGACAGGCAUCGAAAGCCCUAUGUUCCUAACAACGUCCUCGAAACGUUGAGCAUCUCGAUUGACCGCCUUAAACAAGACAGUGAGAUUGCAUACAACAUUCUCCACGCCAUCGCAUACGUUUCCAACCAAAAUAUUCCGCACGAAAUCAUAACAACUAUUCUCAAGCACUGCGAUAACAGCCUAGUUGAUCCAGAGAAGUUGGAGGCUGAGGCUACCAAAGCCAUCAUGCGUCUGAAAGAAUUUUCUUUUCUUGGCGUGCACAGAACGGAGGACGGUGGUAGAAGCUACGAGAUGCAUAAACUCGUUCAGGAGGCAACACGAUAUGGCUUGAGUCUAUGCAAGCCCAGCGUUCCUGAUAACGUUUUCUCAAAUAGGGAAGGCGAGCGGUAUUUUUCUGGCAUUGCAGUUCAGGCCAUACUCGAUCUUUUCCCGGAUUCAGAACUGGGGACAUGGUCGCAGUGUGAGAAAUACUUGGCACAUGCAGUGCAGACAGUAUACUGGGCAGAUUUAAACGACAAACGACACGAGACAAGCCUGCUCUUCUAUAGAGUGUCCCUGUUUCUUCAUGACUGUGGACGAUGGAGCGAAAGAGAACUUGUGAAUAAAAAGGGAUUGGAAUUCGAUCGAGAAAUCUGGGGAGAAAAGCAUCCAGAUACAUUCAUCAGCAUGGAACACCUUGCGACAACGUACCGGAUACAAUGCCGGCAUAAAGAGGCAGAGGCUCUGGAAGUCCAAAUUCUUGACCUCAGACGAGAAACUCUCGGAAAGAAGCACCCGCAUACCUUAAUGAGUAUGGAGAACCUUGCAACAACGCACUGGGCCCAGUGUCAGUACAAAGAAUCAGAGGCUCUUGAAGUGCAAGUCCUUGACCUUCGGCGAGAAAUUCUCGGAGAUAAGCAUCCAGAUACAAUUCAGACAAUAGGAGCUCUUGGAAUAAUAUACAGGGAUCAAGGCCUGUAUAAAAAGGCAGAGCCUCUUCUGGUUCAAGUCUUUGAUCUUUCACGAGAAAUUCUUGGAGACAAACAUCUACGGGUAAUAUGGAGCAUGGAAAGCCUGGGAAUUACAUACGGUCUACAAGGCCGAUAUAAGGAGGCGGAGGCUCUUCAAGUUCAAGUCUAUGACCUCCGACGAGAAAUUCUCGGAACUAGACAUCCAGAGACGUUUCAGGGUAUGUCGAAUCUUUCAUUAACAUACUGGCGACAAGGCCGAUAUAAAGAGGCAGAGGCUCUUCAGCUUCAAGUCUUUAAGCUUCAACAAGAAAUUCUCGGAGAAAGACACCCAGACACAAUUCGGAGUAUAUCAAAUCUUUCAUCAAUAUAUGGUAAACAAGGACGGCGUAAAGAGGCCGAGGCAGAGUCUAUUCAAAUUAAAGUCUUCAACUUUCGACGAGAAAUUCUUGGAGAUAAACAUCCAGAGACAAUAUGGAGUAUGGAAUACCUUUCGUCAAUAUACGGUAAAAAAGGUCUGUAUGAAGAGUCAGAGGCUCUAGCAGUUCAAGUACUAGAUCUUCGACGGGAGAGUCUUGGGGAAGAGCAUCCGGACACUAUCAGGUGUGUGGAGUAUAAACGCUCCGUAUUAGGGCCAGAGCAUCCAGAAACAGCCCUUUCGGUCAAAGUUCUCGAAACGUGGGAACGUGAGGAUCAUAUUCUGGAAUCGAACGAAAUUGAUAGCCAAAAUGAGGAAACGGUGGGGGGGCCUCAGCAAGUGCAAACCAAAACGUCCAGAUUACGAAAGAUGGCAGACACAUUGAACUGUUUUUAA